GGCGGGACCGGGGGACCGCGCGCCCGUGUGUGUGCGCGCGCGCCUCUGCACCGUGUUGAAAUGCCCUGCACGUCGGGGCAGCAGGACAGAGCCGAGGACGCGCGCGGAGCCUCCCAGGGUCCUGCUCUUGGGACAGCAGCCAUGACGGAGAACUCGGACAAAGUGCCCAUCGCCCUGGUGGGGCCCGACGACGUUGAGUUUUGCAGCCCCCCGGCAUACGCCACAGUGACAGUGAAGCCCUCCAGCCCCGCGAGGCUGCUCAAGGUCGGAGCCCUAGUCCUCAUUUCGGGCGCAGUGCUGCUGCUCUUCGGAGCCAUCGGGGCCUUUUAUUUUUGGAAGGGGGGCGACAAUCACAUUUACAAUGUCCAUUAUACCAUGAGCAUCAAUGGGAAAUUACAAGAUGGGUCAAUGGAAAUAGAUGCUGGGAACAACGUGGAGACCUUUAAAAUGGGAAACGGAGCCGAAGAGGCGAUUGAAGUUAAUGAUUUCCAGAAUGGCAUCACAGGAAUCCGCUUUGCUGGAGGAGAGAAGUGCUACAUCAAAGCCCAGGUGAAGGCUCGUGUUCCUGAGGUGGGCGCCGAGACCAAGCAAAGCAUCUCCUCCAAACUGGAAGGCAAGAUCAUGCCAGUUAGAUACGAAGAAAAUUCUCUCAUCUGGGUGGCAGUAGACCAGCCUGUGAAGGACAGCAGCUUCUUGAGCUCUAAAGUCUUAGAACUCUGUGGCGACCUUCCCAUUUUCUGGCUUAAACCAACUGCCCCGAAAGAAAUCCAGAGAGAAAGAAGAGAACUGGUAAGAAAAAUUGUCACCACGACGACCACAAGAAGACUACGCAGUGGACCACGGGACCAGCCAGGUCCUGGAAGACCGAGUAAUGAAACCAGACCCAGUCUUCAAGAGGAUUCAGAAUCCUUCAAUCCAGACAACCCUUACCACCAGCAGGAAGGGGAAGGCAUGACGUUCGACCCUCGUCUGGAUCAUGAGGGCAUCUGCUGUAUAGAGUGCAGGCGGAGCUACACCCACUGCCAGAAGAUCUGUGAGCCCCUGGGGGGCUAUAAUCCGUGGCCUUACAACUACCAAGGCUGCCGGUCAGCCUGCAGAGUCGUCAUGCCAUGUAGCUGGUGGGUGGCUCGCAUCUUGGGCAUGGUGUGAUGUCACUUCACCUACCAGGUACCAUAAAGGAAGAAUUCACUCCAGAGGCAACCAAAGUUUGAGGCACUGUGAUGCUGAAGGGACCACAAGGUGUUACGUGGUCCACCCGAGCAAUGUUAUUUGAGACACUUAACAGAAUAUUGUCAACCGCUUUACAGAACUUUACUCAGAAUUGCACAUGUACUGAAAGGGUAGUUUUAAGUCUAAAAAAUACCAUUAUCCUUUUAUUACUUGCUAUUUUUUAUUUGCUUUUCUUUGCCAGUAAGGCCUACCUAUAAGAAAGACUUCCUUACCAAGCUUUUCUGGGAUUAUCAUGAAAUAUUACUUACAAUUUGUCAAAGAUCUCAACUGGACAUUUGAGUUCCUUUUAAAUCAAGUUACUGACUAAAACAACUGUUUUC